UGCUUCACAGCCGUCUCAGAACUAUCAAUUUUCAGACCGUACUUUACUGUCUUUGGUUGCAUGUUUUGAACAAGAGUUGUGGGUUUUAUCUAUAUUUUUUUAUGGGAAUAAAAAAAGGGUCUGAAGUUUUAAUCUGUCCCCAAAAAUGUGUAAACUACAGCUGUUGAAUGUGUUUAUCACCGAGCGUUUAACAACAGCAGCAGUGGAGAUAUUUGUUUCGGCAGAAAAGACGUUAGCAGAGUACCAGGAGCGGCUAACAACAGCGGCAUUUGAGAUAUUUGUUGUGGUGGAAAAGACGAUCGCAGAGGUUCAGGGAGAGAACGACCGUCUACGGGGGCUUCUUCUAGAUCAUUUAGGAGCAGAUCCCCAACAGCUAACUCUCCCUGAAGAGGAGGUUUCCCCUAAGCAGCAGCAGCAGCAUUGUGAGCAGGAGUGGAGCCCCAGUCCGGGGCAGGAGGACCCAGAGCCCACACAGAUUACAGAGGAACAGGAGGAACUCAGGACCAGUCAGGAGGAAGAGCAGCUACAAAGACUUAGGUCUGCUACCACAGAGGUUGUACAGUUGAUAUUUAUUCCUCCCUGUGUGGAAAGUGACUGUGACCAGGACAGCAAGACAGACUCUCUACCCAGCAACACAACCGAACAGACCCAAACAGCAUUGGAUGACGAGGAUUACAGAGCAUCACAACUAACCAGUCACUUUCAUCCCCUCUCUACAGUAAAUCCCCACUGUUCUUCAGCUCUGAGUGAAAUCAUUGUCAGUAUUGAUGAAGACGAGAGUGAAGAACUACCGUCAAGGUCAAAGAGAACACGGGAAAAGCAAAGCUCUCAAGUCUGCACGAAGACCAAGACAACCAGUGAGCUGAAAGCACAUUUAAAGUCUCACACAAGCAGGAGACCAUACAAGUGUCAUGUGUGCAGUAAAAGCUUUAAGACACCAGGCCCUUUAAAAGUACAUUGGAGAAUUCACAAAGGGGAGAAAUCACACAGCUGUCCUUUUUGUCUUCAAAGCUUUAAGUCAAUAAACGGUCUACAACUACACCAGAAAGUUCACACAAGGGAGAAAGAGAGACCACAGCAAUGUCCUGUGUGCAAUGAAUCAUUUCUUGGCAUAGCUUCUUUAAAAGAGCAUCAGCGAAUUCACACAGGUAUCCCAUAUCAGUGUACAGAAUGUGGCAAUUCCUUCCGAGUCAAGAAAGACUUCAACAAGCAUAUAAGGACUACUCACCCAGAGAGAGAACCAGUGACUCCAACAGAGAGAGAACCAGUGAAUCCAACAGAGAGAGAACCAGUGAAUCCAACAGAGAGAGAACCAGUGAAUCCAACAGAGAGAGAACCAGUGACUCACCCAGAGAGAGAACCACAUCAGUGUUUUGUUUGUAGAAAAAGCUUCACAACAUUGAGCUAUCUAGUAAUCCACCAGCGAAUUCACACCGGAGAGAAACCGUAUCAGUGCCAUGUUUGCAGAAAAAGCUUCAUUAGGAAGGAAUACCUCAUUAAGCAUAUGGUAAAUCACACUGGAGAAAAGCCAUAUCUGUGCAAUGUUUGCGGCAAAACCUUCUUAAGGAAGGCGUACCUGAGAGUACAUAUGGUAACUCACACAGGGGAGAAAUCGUUUAAAUGCCCUGUAUGUGAAAAAGGCUUCAUAUCAUCGACUUGUCUCAAACUCCACCAGAGAAUCCAUACAGGGGAGAAACCCCAUAAGUGUAACCUAUGCAGCAAAAGCUUCAUUAGGAAGGCGUGCCUGAGAGUACAUGUGGUAACUCACACAGGGGAGAAACCUCAUCCUUGUAACGUUUGUAGCAAAAGCUUCACUCAGAAGAAAGGCCUGAGCGUGCACAUGAGGACUCACACAGGGGAGAAACCUUUCAAGUGCCCUGUAUGUGAAAAAUGCUUCACCUAUUCAAAUAAGCUAAAAUGCCACCAGCAAACCCACACAGGGGAGAAACCAUAUAAGUGCCACAUCUGCAGCAAAACCUUCACUCAGAGUGGAGGCCUGUCACGUCAUAUGAAGACUCACACUGGAGAGAAACCAUAUAAGUGUUCUGUAUGUGAAAAACGUUUCACAUCACCGACUAAUCUUAAACUCCACCAGCGAAUCCAUACAAGAGUGAAAUCAUUUACGUGCCCCGGGUGUGAGGAAGGCUUUACAUCGUCAAGUCUUCUAAAACGUCACCAGCAGAAUCACUGUGGAGAGAAGACAGAAAAAAAACGGCCAGAGGAAACAUUUCUCUGCAGUGAUUGUGGCAAAAGCUUCCGUACCAUGAGUUACCUGAGAGUGCAUAUGACGACUCACACAGGGGAGAAAGCUAAUAAGUGUCCUGCGUGUGAUAAUUGCUUUAUAACAGCCUCUGAUCUAAAAGUCCACCAGAAAAUUCACAAUGGAGGGAAACCAUAUCAGUGCAAGGAAUGUGACAAAUGCUUCACUCAAAGGUCAACAUUGAAAAAACAUGUAGGGUCUCACACAGAACUGCAUAUGUGUCACGUGUGCAGCAAAAACUUCACCCAAAAGGGAAACCUGACACAACAUAUGAGGACUCACACAGGGGAGAAACCGUUCAAGUGCCCUGUAUGUGAAGGAGGCUUCACGUCAGCCCCUUCUCUAAAACUCCAUCAGCAAAUUCACACUGGCGAGAAACCACAUCAGUGUGAAGUUUGUGGCAAACGCUUCAUUCAGAAGGGAAACCUGACAGGACAUAUGAAGACUCACACAGGGGAGAAACCCUUUAAGUGUGAAGUUUGUGGCAAAAGCUUCCUGCAGAGGGGAAACCUGACAAUUCAUAUGAAGAUUCACACAGGGGAGAAAUCUUUUAAGUGUUCUAUAUGUGAAAAGCGCUUCGCAACACUACGUGAUAUGACACGCCACAAGAGAAUUCACACGGGAGAGAAACCAUAUCGCUGCAACGAUUGUGACAAAUGUUUUAAUCAGAGUAGUUCCCUUAAAUCACACACGAAGAAUAUUCACAAGAGAGAGAGAACAUAAGUGUCCAUUGUGUAAAACAUGUCAAUAUGAAAAUGGAAAAGGUCCAUUCUAACUGACAGCGGUAAGAGAACAACAUAUCAUGGUUGAAAGGAAUGAUUGAAUGACUGAACUUGAAUGAGGAAUCCUUACUGAUUAAUUAUCAAAUGAAACAUAGAAUAUUUAUUCUUUUGUAAACCCAUGUUUUUUAGGGUUUUUUUUAGAGAGCAGUCUGAAUUUGUAGGCAGCAGGAGUCCUUACUGGUUAAUGAUAAAAGACAGAAUGAAACAGGAUAUUUGAACAACUGUUUUCACAUGAAGGAAGCUUUAGGUAUUGUUAAAGGACAAUGCUCAUCGAUCAUAAAAUGGCUGAUUUCAAAAUUAUUGAAUGAUUAUCAUGUUGAAGCAAUUGUAUUUUAAUUAUGUUUAACAUGGAGUAAGACAGUAGGGCCUGGUAUUCAUAAAGCCAGUCAUGAUGAAUUUCCACCUGAGACUUACUCCACACCAGUGUGUAGCCAAAUGUUAGUGUUAAUGUAAGCUCUAUUGCUGUUUUGGUUCCGCAACCUCGGACAACAAAAGUAGCCGCACCGUCCCGCCCCUGUCGGUGUGGUUCUAGAAUGCUGUUCGGUGUGGGGUUUAGAAUGCUGUUCGGUGUGGGUUUAGAAUGCUGUUCGGUGUGGGUUUAGAAUGCUGUUCGGUGUGGGUUUAGAAUGCUGUUCGGUGUGGGUUUAGAAUGCUGUUCGGUGUGGGUUUAGAAUGCUGUUCGGUUUGAUUUAGAAUGCUGUUCGGUGUGGUUUUAGAAUGCUGUUCGGUGUGGUUUUAGAAUGCUGUUCGGUGUGGUUUUAGAAUGCUGUUCGGUGUGGGUUUAGAAUGCUGUUCGGUGUGGUUUUAGAAUGCUGUUCGGUGUGGUUUAGAAUGCUGUUCGGUGUGGUUUAGAAUGCUGCUCGGUGUGGUUUUAGAAUGCUGCUCGGUGUGGUUUUAGAAUGCUGUUCGGUGUGGUUUUAGAAUGCUGUUCGGUGUGGUUUUAGAAUGCUGUUCGGUGUGGGUUUAGAAUGUUGUUUUAGAAUGCUGUUCGGUGUGGUUUUAGAAUGCUGUUCGGUGUGGUUUUAGAAUGCUGUUCGGUGUGGGUUUAGAAUGCUGCUCGGUGUGGGUUUUAGAAUGCUGUUCGGUGUGGUUUUAGAAUGCUGUUCGGUGUGGGUUUAGAAUGCUGUUCGGUGUGGGUUUAGAAUGCUGUUCGGUGUGGGUUUAGAAUGCUGUUCGGUGUGGGUUUAGAAUGCUGUUCGGUGUGGUUUUAGAAUACUGUUCGGUGUGGGUUUAGAAUACUGUUCGGUGUGGUUUUAGAAUGCUGUUCGGUGUGGUUUAGAAUGCUGUUCGGUGUGGUUUAGAAUGCUGUUCGGUGUGGUUUAGAAUACUGUUCGGUGUGGUUUUAGAAUGCUGUUCGGUGUGGUUUAGAAUGCUGUUCGGUGUGGUUUAGAAUGUUGUUCGGUGUGGUUUUAGAAUGCUGUUCGGUGUGGUUUAGAAUGUUGUUCGGUGUGGUUUUAGAAUGCUGUUCGGUGUGGGUUUAGAAUGCUGUUCGGUGUGGUUUUAAGAUGUUGUUCGGUGUGGUUUUAGAAUGCUGUUCGGUGUGGUUUUAAGAUGCUGUUCGAUGUGGUUUUAAGAUGCUGUUCGGUGUGGUUUUAGAAUGCUGUUCGGUGUGGUUAGGAUGAUAGAUGUAGUCUACUCCUCCGUUAGGAUGAUAGAUGUAAUCUACUCCUCCGUUAGGAUGAUAGAUGUAAUCUACUCCUCCGUUAGGAUGAUAGAUGUAAUCUACUCCUCCGUUAGGAUGAUAGAUGUAAUCUACUCCUCCGUUAGGAUGAUAGAUGUAAUCUACUCCUCCGUUAGGAUGAUAGAUGUAAUCUACUCCUCCGUUAGGAUGAUAGAUGUAAUCUACUCCUCCGUUAGGAUGAUAGAUGUAAUCUACUCCUCCGUUAGGAUGAUAGAUGUAAUCUACUCCUCCGUUAGGAUGAUAGAUGUAAUCUACUCCUCCGUUAGGAUGAUAGAUGUAAUCUACUCCUCCGUUAGGAUGAUAGAUGUAAUCUACUCCUCCGUUAGGAUGAUAGAUGUAAUCUACUCCUCCGUUAGGAUGAUAGAUGUAAUCUACUCCUCCGUUAGGAUGAUAGAUGUAAUCUACUCCUCCGUUAGGAUGAUAGAUGUAAUCUACUCCUCCGUUAGGAUGAUAGAUGUAAUCUACUCCUCCGUUAGGAUGAUAGAUGUAAUCUACUCCUCCGUUAGGAUGAUAGAUGUAAUCUACUCCUCCGUUAGGAUGAUAGAUGUAAUCUACUCCUCCGUUAGGAUGAUAGAUGUAAUCUACUCCUCCGUUAGGAUGAUAGAUGUAAUCUACACCUCCGUUAGGAUGAUAGAUGUAAUCUACUCCUCCGUUAGGAUGAUAGAUGUAAUCUACUCCUCCGUUAGGAUGAUAGAUGUAAUCUACUCCUCCGUUAGGAUGAUAGAUGUAAUCUACUCCUCCGUUAGGAUGAUAGAUGUAAUCUACUCCUCCGUUAGGAUGAUAGAUGUAAUCUACUCCUCCGUUAGGAAGAUACAUG